AUGGAUGAAGAUCUGACAGCGUAUCCUACACGACGUGUGCGUUUGCAUCCGUGUCAAACUUGUGGGCGACAAUUUAAUCCGGAAACGUUGAGCAAACAUCAAGCGAUUUGUCGCAAAGCUUCAAAUAAAAAACGUAAAGUAUUCGAUGCGGGAAAGCAAAGAGCAACGGGUUCUGAUGUACCGUAUAAAGCAACAAAGAGAACAGCACAGAUCUACAACGGUGAAACUCGAGCGCACGAUGAUCGAUCGAAUUACGGACGGAAGCCAAACUGGAGAGAAAAACAUCAACAGUUGAUUCAAUCGAUUCGUGAGGCACGUUCCGUAACUCGUGCGAUGAAACAGGGCGGUCCACUGCCUGCAUUUCGACCAAGUGAAGUCCCAUCAGAUUAUACCAAUUGUCCAUAUUGCCAUCGCAAUUUCAAUGCGGGUGCAGCUGAACGGCACAUUCCAUUUUGUCAAUCACAGCAUGAACGAAAAUUCGGAAAGAACGCUCGGCCGAAUCCGCAAUAUGAUAGAGGACGAACUCUUCCUCCACAGCAAUCCACACAAUAUCGAGAACCGCAACAAUUGUAUCGUGCGAGUACCAAUGCAGAUCCACGUGAUGUUUAUAAUAACGGUUACAAACAUAGCAACUCAGCUCCAAUGAUUGUAAGACGCAACGUAACUGAAUAUCGAGAGGCACCACUUCCACCGCCACGAAAAACAACUAGUGGUGGAUGGGGCUUUCGCAAGUUAUUUGGUCUAGGUUCGAAAGAAGAAGAAAUACCGCCUUCACGUUACUAUUCGCCUGAGGAUGACUAUUAUAAUCAACCAACGUAUCGCCCUGUUCAAAAACCAGUAUUGAUGCGCACAGGACGAACACAGGAAAACACGACUUUAAAUGUACGUGCCCGCCAGCGAAAUGAUGAAGAAGGCGUAUACUAUCGUCGUACUCAACCACCUCCACCCUCACACCCACAACAACGCCACCAACUAUCUAACUCUUACUAUGGUCAAACGCGGCAACAGUAUGGCAAUAAUCAAUAUAGUUCCACUAGACCAACAGCUGUUGGACGAGCACCGCCUGUAGCAAUUCGAUGCGGUGAUUGUGGCAGUAUAUUCAAUAAUCUUUCAGCAAGAUAUUGUCCACAUUGUGGCUCGAGAUGCUAA